AUGCUGCUACGUUGGCGCUGGUCUGCUCGCGUCGGCACCCUCCACGGGAAGUCUGCGUCGUCACGACAACUGUCUUCGGCCACCACAGGCUUCUUUCAGGACCCCCCUCAGCUCGGGAACCAGUACGAUGACGACAGAGCACUGGUGUCAUUGGUCCGGCGGUUAAUCCCUCAACACGUCCGUGACGUGAUGCACGCCGACGCGGAACUACAUCGUUUUGGAGCGCGAGUUGUCGCACCUGACAUACUGGAAGCCUGCAAUGACGCAGAAACAAACAUUCCAGAACAUGUUGCCACGGAUGCAUGGGGCCGUCGUGUUGACCGUCUAGUGAUGGCACAAGGUUGGAAAACUAUGAAGAGAAUUGCAGCUGAAGAAGGACUCAUUGCCCUUGCUUACGAUCGAUCGCACGGCGAAUAUGCGCGAGUGUUUCAAUUUGCAAAGCUCUACCUCUUCGCUCCAUCCAGUGCCGUGUUCACGUGUCCGUUGGCGAUGGCAGACGGAGCAGCUCGACUCAUCCAAGGAUUGCCAACGAAGUCUCGGACACUUGAGCAUGCUUAUAAGCGAUUGCUUUCCCGCGACCCAUCCCAUGCUUGGACGUCCGGCCAGUGGAUGACCGAGCGAACAGGGGGGAGCGACGUGUCUCGUAUAGAAACCAUUGCAAUUCCUCAUCAAGACAGCGGUCGAUAUCGAUUGCAUGGAUUCAAGUGGUUCUCCAGCGCCACCGACUCCGAGAUGGCUCUCCUCCUUGCUCGCAUCCCAGAUUCUCCGAAACUGUCCCUCUUCUUUGCCCGCAUCCACCAGGACUCGGCGAAAUCCCAACUCAACGGAAUUCGUAUUCAACGCCUGAAACCCAAGCUUGGUACCCGCGCAUUGCCGACGGCCGAGCUUGAGCUAUACGGCAUGGAUGCGGAACUCAUUGGAACGCCAGGGCGUGGAGUGGCCACCAUCGCCACCAUGCUCAACAUCACGCGGGUCCACACGGCAGUCAACGCUGUGUCGUUCUUCCGUCGCGCUCUUGCCAUCGCCGAUUCGUAUGCGACCAAGCGAGCGGCCUUCGGACGUCAGCUGGCCGACCUUCCUUUGCACAAAAAGACGCUGUGGGACCUUCACACGUCAUAUCGCCUUUGUUUACAUCUUGUAUUUCACACGGUGGCCAUCUUGGGCCGACAUGAAGCCAUGAACUGUGGGGGUGACACUAGUGCGGAUGAGUCGGCAGCGUCGUUGCUGCGGGUUCUAACACCGCUAGUGAAGGCGUGGUGUUCAAAAGCGAGCUUGUCUGGCAUCGGGGAAUGCCUCGAAGCCUUGGGCGGCGCAGGGUACAUGGAAGACGUCGGGCUUGCCCGACUGCUGCGAGAUUGCCAAGCCCAGACGAUCUGGGAAGGCACGACCAACGUUUUGGCGCUCGACUUGCGCAAGUUGCUCACCAGUAACGACGCAAAGUACCGGUUCGCUUGGAAAGCAUUCGUCGAGAGCCAGCUGGAGGUCGUACCGCCAUCCAAGUCCAAGACGGCCGUUCAAAAACGAGUCCACGCCUUGCUCGACGAUCGACUGCGGCAAGGAGCGAUGUAUGACGAAUUCUUUGCGCGUCAGGUCCUGGUGGACAUGGCGGAAACCACGGCGUCUGUGCUCGUGCUAUCGCAUGCCAGUACGACGGGGGACGCUCUGGACUGGCAAUUCGCAGAGCACGCGGCCUUGGGAGUGUACCCAGCCAACAUCAUUCAUGGAGAGAAAGAUGUCGUGGUGACUUAA